AUGGUGCGAGAGCUCGCUCCACAAUCCCCCGAAGGGGACUACAUGCGGCCACGGAGUGAGCUGGUUGCCUCAAAGGAUAAGACACCGCUCCGCUCCGAAGGCUAUGCGCUUUACCUUGGCAAUACUUGCCCUUGGUGCCACCGUGCCAAGCUGGCUUUAAUCCUUCGCCGCCUGCCGCCGCGCUGCGUUGCAGAUGUGAAGCUCGUGGACAAUGCCGAGCGUGCUUCACGGGGUGGCUGGGCCUUUGAUCCUCAGCAAGGAGCUGCGGACCCUGUCUUUGGAGCUGCAGAUCUUCGUGAGGUGUAUGACCGAGCAGCAGGCCGCGACGGUACUGGCUAUGUUGGUCGCUGCACUGCUCCAUUGCUGGUGGACACACGCAGCCGGCGAGCCGUGUCCAACGACAGCGUCCAGAUUGUUCGGCUCAUUGGGACCGCCAGCGAAACAGACGAAGAACGCAGACAGGGCCGAGCAGUCGACCUGGUGCCGCAGGAGCUGAUUGGGCAGAUUGAGGCCACGACUCACUGGACCUACGAGCUCCUGUCCAACGCAGUUUACCGGGCAGGCUUUGCCACAACCCAGGAAGCCUUUGCACGUGCUGCAAGGGAUGUCGCAGAAGGCCUGGAGCGUGUUGAGCAGCAGUUGGCUGGGAGCCGGUUUCUGUGUGGUGACCGUCUUACAGAGGCAGACGUUAUGCUGUUGCCAUGCGCCGCACGUUUUGAUGCUGUUUACGCCUCUCUUUUCUUGAGGGGCUCCUGUGGCCUGUGGCGUGAAGGCGAACACCGCCGCCGGUGGCUUCAGCGCUGCUGGUCCUUACCGGGGGUGCCGCAAACUGUCGAUCUGCGUGCCUGUCAAGAGAGUUACUUCCGCAGCCUCUUCCCCCUGAACCCGUCGCAGAUCGUUCCGGUACCUGCUUCUGACCCCGGUGCGCUCGGAACAGAGAGCAUCUCCGAGGAGGACCUGGAUGCAUUCUUCCACUGGCGGAAAGUCUGA